AUGUCAACGAGCGUUGUGCACUCGUCGCCGUCGGCCUCGCAUCGCGGCGGGCCGCUGGGGGCGCCCAAGGAAAACUCGCCCUUCUUCUCACCACUCCCACAGGCAGCAUGGUCGCCGACGGCCGCAAACAACGCGCUCGGCCGCGACAUUUGCAGCAUGAACUCGACCAUCCUGGCGGACCUCCAGGGCCUGUCGUCGAUCCCGCGCGUCUAUGCCGCCCUCUUCCACCGCACCCGCACCUUUGCCGCGACGGUGCGCCAGCUGGUGGCCGUGUCGCCGGGCAUGUGGGCCCAGGCGGCCUGUCUGCUGGUCGACUGGGGCGUGCACAUCUUGCGGCAUCCGCAAAUCCGGCUCGAGCGCUUCCUCAAUAGUCAGCGUGAAAGCUUGUAUUGGAUCCUCGAUGAUGCCCUGUUGAGGAUUUGCCUCGACCAAUGGGAUCCCCCGCUCCUGGCUGCGGUGCCCACCCUGCACAAGGACCCCUCCGGCCCUUCAUCGCGUGCUUCAUCUUCAACCUCUUCCUCCCUCUCCUCCCCGCCCUCUCCUUCGCAUUCUCUCUCGACUUCAGCUGCCCGCGUUGCCGCUCCCUGGGACGUGGCGACUCGGCCCGUCAGGCGGUCCUUGGCCGAGGCGCAGCAUCUGGUCCCGCUCUGGGGCCAGCAGGAUGUAGAGGAGACGAAAAAGUGGAGCGUGCCCGCCUGCGAGGGCGCCAUGGCAGAGUGGUUCGAGGUAGGAUGGUUCCGCCGGUCGACCAGCUUUCUUGCGCAGAGUACCAGAGUCUACGAGAUAUGGAGGACCAUGCGACGGGUGGCCAGAGGGCAGCUUCCUGCCGAGCUGGCCAAUGCCAUUGUGGAAGAUGUCGCCGCGUUUGAAAAGCUGCCGCUGGGCGAUUUACGAGAAAUGUAUUUUCCAACGGCGUCAUGA